CACAGAUUAUAAUUACAACGUUUUCCACUUUUGCUUGCUUCCUUUCAGUUGCGAAGGACAGUUGAUUUUCGUAGUGCGCCAAUGUUGCCUUGUCCAUCACUUAGCAGGUCUGGAUUGCAUGCAAGGAGGCGAACGCGGGGAGCUCUGAGGGUUCACGCGGUUGCCGCUCCAAUUAUUCCCGGCAAGGGCGAAUGUCCUUUGUACAGGGACCGAACGGGCAAGCUCAUCCCGGCGAUGUGUGCGGACUAUGGCUUCCGCUCGGGCGCGGGCAGGUUAUACCAGGAGAGCUAUGGCGAGGUGCCCAAAGACGUCUGGCAACUGGCUAAGGACAACUACCGUCAUGAGCUGGAGCAGCUCCGAAGAGCCGUACGAUAUCCACCCUCGGACGUACGGCAGCCCUCGCAUCCCGUGGCGAAGGCGCUCCACACGGCCAAUGGGGUGGUGGGUGCCGCCCUGGCGUCCUUGGAUAAGGCCCUGGAAGAGGCCCGGGUGCUGCCGGAGCUACAGCCGCCGCCGGUACGAAGUGCCUUAGAGACCCAGGAGUUCAAGGAGAUCCGCGCUCGCUUGGAUCAAUUACGGCUGGAUGCUGAUGACGUCAUUGCCGUGGAGCGAGAACGCAUCGCGACGGGUGGGGGGGAUAUGGAAAGCCCCCUAUGGGUCAAGGCGCCCUUCUACGCGCUGUGCUGGCUGUUGGAUAUCAUGUACGACAACAAACCGAUAGAGAAGUUCUGGGUGCUUGAGACCGUGGCUCGUAUCCCGUACUUUGCGUACAUCUCCAUCCUCCAUCUGUACGAGUCCCUAGGGUUUUGGCGCGCGGGGGCGGAGCUCCGUAAGAUCCACUUUGCUGAGGAGUGGAACGAGAUGCACCAUUUGCAGAUCAUGGAGAGCCUAGGGGGAGAUCGGGCCUGGAUGGAUCGCUUCAUCGCCGAACAUUCCGCCGUGUUUUACUACUGGGUUUUGAUUCUCUUCUACCUGGUAUCUCCCCGGAUGGCCUAUAACUUCAUGCAGCGGGUGGAGCUGCACGCUGCGGACACAUACACGGCCUUCCUUCAGCGAAACGCUGCAGUCCUGGAGUCCAUCCCGCCUCCCAUGGUGGCUCUGCAGUACUACUAUUCGGAGGACCUGUACCUUUUUGACGAGUUCCAGACCGCCUCCCGCGGCGCGCCACCUCGACGGCCUCGCUGCGAAACCCUGCUGGAUGUCUUCAAGAAUAUCCGGGACGAUGAGAUGGAGCACGUGAAGACCAUGAUUGCCUGCCAGAAUUCCACAAUCGCAAAGGACAUUGCCGCCGCGUCAGCGUCGUCGUCGUCGUCACCGUCACCGUCAGCGACGGAGCUGCCGGCACCGGCGACGCCGCCGAAGCGCGCCGCUGCCUCCACCGUUGUGGAGGAGUAA